AUGUUGAAACAUACACAAUCAGAGCACACGCCCAAAGUAGCCAAAAGUGAACAGAAAAUGGAAAAACAAGAAAAAGAAAUUAAAGGGGGGAUUGAAAAGGGGGAAGAGAUGACUAAAUUAUUUGAAUCUAAAACUGAUAAGACGAAAGACCAACAACAAGAAGGAGAAAAAGAAGAAACACAAAUGAUGAUCAAAAAACUUGAAGAGGAAAAACAACAAUUGGCUAUAAAAAUAGAUGAAAUUGAACACAAUAAAAAUGAACUUCUGAUGAAAGUUGAUGAACUUCAAAAAGAAAAGGAUGAACAAAUGGUUAAUACACAAAAAGAGAAAGAAGUCAUUGAAAAGAAAGUUGGAGAAUUUGAAAAUCAAAUAAAGUUACUACAAAAAAAAGUUGAGAACUUGGAACAUGACAAAAAACUACUAAUUAAUCAAAUUGAAGAAGUGAAAAACGAGAAAGAACUACUUCAAAAGAAGUUGGAAGAGCAACAAACGCUACACGAGCAAACUGAAAGUGAACGGAUUGCAUCUUUAAAGGAGAAUAGUAAACAACAAAUCUGUCGAUUAGAACAACAAGUUGAAAGUGAAAAGAAGGAGAAAACAAAGCAAAUUGAAUUCAAUCAAACGAUUCAAAAAGAAAGAGAUGUUUUGAUGGAUAAAAACAAAGAUCUCACACAUAAAAUUACUGAGGCGGACAAAAAUAUUCAAAUUUUUAAAUUCCAAAUUGAUGAAUUUCAAAUGAAAAUCAAGGAAUUAAGCGGGAAGAAAGACGAAAAUGGCGACAAAGAAAAUAUGUACAGAAAAGAAGUCGAAAAAAUGCAACAAACAAUCGAAACGUAUCAACUAGAAAUACAAAAAUUAAAAGAAGAAGCCGAGAAACAAAAUUAUACAAUCAACACAUUAUCGAAAGAAAAUCUAAAAAUGCUUAAUAAGAUCACUUACGAGUUCCAGGAAAAAUAUAACCUAAAUUUAACAAUCAGCGGACUUCGCAAGGAAAAAGGAGAAUUACACAAUCGAUGCGAUCAACUCAAAACGGACAAAGAAGAAAUGGAACUGACAAUUGAUGAUAUGUAUAAUGAGUGUUAUCGUUUAAACGGUGAGAUCGAAAAACACAAAAAACAAAUUGAAGAAUUAAAAGAACAAGUUGAAAGUGAAAAGAAGGAGAAAACAAAGCAAAUUGAAUUAAACCAAAAAAUCGGAAAGGAAAGAGAUAUUUUAACAAAUACAAACAAAAAUCUCACACAGAAAAUGAGAGAUGAAGAAGUCAAAAAAUAUAAUGAUUUGGUCAAUAGCGAAGAUACACAGAAAAUGCAUUCAAAUGAAAUUUACUUGACAAUUGAAGAAGUGUACAGUGGGUGCCAAAAGAUGAUCACAACACAUUCUUCUAAAGGCACCGAAGUUGUGGUUCUUGUCAUAUUAGAUAAAGGAAUCAAAGAAGGGGAAGUCAUCGAAAUUGAUAAUGUAAAUUAUGUUGUAAAGUAUAUAGAACACCCAUAUUUGUCAAGAAGAGGAGAUGACUUGGUUGUGAAUAAAAGUGUUUUUAUUACAAAUGGGGUCAGACACCCAGCCUCUUCUAGAGUUUUGAUGAAGAAUGAGUGUCAAACACUUUUGAGUUUGAAAGGGUUCACAGAGCAAGGGAAAACAUUGUUCGAUGAUGGAUCUGUAACAUGUUAA